UAAACGGGUUCUGAUGCAAGGAAAACGAUGAAAUUUGGUUGCCUUUCCUUCCGACAACCCUAUGCGGGAUUGGUUUUAAACAAAGUUAAAACGGUAGAGACUCGCUGGCGUCCUUUGCUAGCAGACUACAAGAACUGCACCAUUGCUAUUCAUAUAGCUGUUAAGGACUGGGAAGAUGAAACAUGGAGAGCAAUUCUUUUGAAUAGGUUUGGUAUGACACCAAAACAAGUGCAAGAUCUGUUGCAUAAAGGGGAAAAAUUUGGCAGAGGUGUUAUUGCAGGAUUAAUUGACAUUGGAGAGACAUCACUAUAUCCAGAAAACUUGCCUCCUGAAAAGAUUCUGGAGCUGGAAAACAAAGCUCUCCUCAGUAAUCUAGAACAGAAAUAUUUGACUGUUGUUUCAAAUCCAAGAUGGCUCCUGGAACCGAUUCCUGCCAGAGGGGGAAAAGGUGUGUGGCAGGUGGACAUCCCUGAAGAACUGAUCCCUUCAGAAGCCGUGCAUGCAAAUCCACAUCCAGUGAAAAUGCUGCUGGUGCUUGAUUUUUUUAGACCAAAGCUUCGCUUAUACUUUGUUAGCAGAUUCAGAAAACAUCUUUAAAAUUUGCAUUGUAGAAGAAGUGAAACUAAAAAAUGCAAAGGAAGAGAGUGAGUUGCCACCACCUUGAAACUGGAAACCACAAAGAUAUGACAAGUAAGAAUUUCAAUUGCAAAAGAGAAAUGUGGAUG